CGAGCAGAGCGUGCAUUGGCGCGAAAACCAAUUUGUUAUAAAAAGAACUACAUGCAAAACUAAAGAGGAGUUCGCCCGAAUGCGGGAAGGAAGGUGGACGCUUGAUAGAGAUGAAGUUUAUCCUGACGACUUUUCUGGCUCUGGUCGUGGUUUCGGCCAUAUUUGCUCAGACCGGAAAUGAUGUUGCCGACCAAGGACUCGAGGCCGGAACGGAACUGGCGCAAGCAAUCGCCGACAAAAACUUCGCAGGAACUAUGAGUAAACUCGCAACGAAGGUGGGUCCGUACUUGGGAAUGGUGGGGCCAGUGAUUGGAAUCCUCUUCUCCCUUGCGGGGGCGAGUCAAGAUUCGGCCGAGCUGCAGUUCAUGAGAAACAUGUUGGCCAAAAUUGAAAACCGGUUCGACCAAGUAGACCAGCGACUGGAUGACAUUGCACGCAAAAUCGACUGGAACACUGUUCGAAUCCAGUUCUUCUCAUUCGAAAAGAAAAUUCUCCCCAUGAAAAUAGAACUGGACAAGUUCUUCAACGCCUCCAACAACGACGAGUUGACCAGUUUCCAAAACGCGUUUACAAACAUGUAUGAAUGCGUGUACGAGAACAGUGGCCAAAUGCUGUACGACCACAUCAUAUCGGGAGAGUCCACAUUCUCAAGUAAUUUACUUGUGGAGGCCAUGCGCGCCAAUGAAUACGACCGCAAGGAAAUUCAAGUGUUCAUGUUGGGCCUUACAAAACUCAUUCUUGUGGGGAGUCAGAUCGAAAUGGCAUACUACAAACUCAAGCAUCCGUCUUCUCUGGAUAGACUAAAAACGAAAUGGGCCGCUCAGAUGAUGAAACUAAGCCAGGCCAUGAACGCAGCCGACAGGGAGGUUAUGGGAAAAUACAGAGAUGUCGCCAUGAAUGACGCCAAGAGGAUUUUAACAUUCAACAAAGGCGCUAAAAACCAGAACGUGGCGAAAGCAGUGUACAGUAAGCUGAGCACUAAAUUUUACUGGAGAAACUGGUUUGUGGCUGUGUACAACGCCAUUAGAGGUGACAACAAUCAUCAGAUGUGGGUAUGUAAUGGUGGCAUCUCCCUCCGACAGGACGGAUUCAAUUUGUUAGUGGCAAGCAAUUCGGAAAAUACAGCAGCACUGAACCAAAACACGGCUAAAGGGAUUAUCAAUGGCGCGACUAUGGUGAAAAAAGGAUGGUGGUUCCAUAAAAGAAACCUGAAUGCCAAGGAAAUUUUCGAUGGGGUUUCCACAGUCAGAAGCUGCAGCAAGUACUCCGGAUUUGGUGUGAUCAAAUCAAAUGCAAAUUUCCACGCUAAAGCUGAAAGUUCCCGACUUGUAACCAGCAACAGAGGAUCUUACUUGUUUUUCUUGUUCCAUUAAAGGUACAAUGUAGCGCAUUGAAGUGGUAAAAAGUUUGCGUUUGAAUGGAAUGUUCUAAGCUUUGUAUCGAACGUCAAGUGUUACAUAAGACACGCCCAUUUCAAUGUUUUGAAGUGUAUUUUAAUAUUAUAAAUAUGAUUUCAUAAACAACAUAAAAGACAUAAUUAUGCAAUGGGGAGUAUUUUCCACAAGGAAAUUCAAAGUGCGUGCAUGUUAAAACCGUCUAAAAAAUAUGGAAACGGUACGUCCAAGAAGGUACAUAUACAUUGUAACGAAUGCUAUUUUCCUCGUUUCAAAAGAAAUGGGCGUGACUUAUGUAACAAUUGACAUUCAAUACAAAGUUCAGAACAUUCCAUUCAAACGAAAAAUUUUACCACUUCAAUGCGCUUCAUUGUAUCUGAUGUUCGAAUUUCGUUUUGAAUAAAAAGUGCUCACUACUAAA